ACCACACACACACCUCUCUGAAACCCUAGCCGCCUUCUCUAGAACCAUCUUUUCUACCUGUACCAAUUUCAAGACAUAAUGAAACCAGACCAGAUCUUGUCCUAGAUCCGUCCCCCAUUCAUCACCAUGUCGCUGUUUCUAAAAGACGACUCGAUCCAAAUCCGCGAGGUAUGGAACGACAACCUCGAAUCAGAAAUGGCUCUGAUUCGAGAAAUCGUCGACGACUUCCCUUUCGUCGCGAUGGACACGGAGUUCCCGGGGAUCGUCUGCAGACCUGUCGGAACGUUCAAAACCAACACCGAGUAUCACUACGAGACCUUGAGAACUAACGUCAACUUGCUCAAAAUGAUUCAGCUCGGUCUCACAUUCUCAGACGAGAAAGGAAACCUCCCGACAUGCGGUGGUUCCGACAACAAGUACUGUAUCUGGCAGUUUAACUUCCGCGAGUUCGAUCUCUCCUCCGACAUCUUCGCUCACGACUCCAUCGAGCUGCUACGCCAGUCGGGAAUCGAUUUCGCUAAAAACAACCAAAACGGCGUCGAUUCGAAGCGUUUCGCGGAGCUUUUAAUGUCUUCGGGGAUUGUGUUGAACGAGAAUGUUCAUUGGGUUACGUUUCACAGCGGGUAUGAUUUCGGUUACUUGUUGAAGCUGUUGACGUGUCAGGACUUGCCGGAGACGCAAGGUGGGUUUUUCGAGAUGAUUAGGGUUUAUUUCCCGAGGGUUUACGAUAUUAAGCAUUUGAUGAAGUUUUGUAAUAGUCUUCAUGGGGGUUUGAACAAGUUGGCGGAGCUGCUUGAGGUUGAGAGAGUUGGGAUUUGUCACCAGGCGGGGUCGGAUAGUUUGUUGACUUCGUGUACAUUCAGGAAGCUGCAGGAGAAUUUCUUCAUUGGUUCUAUGGAGAAGUACUCUGGUGUUUUGUAUGGAUUAGGUGUUGAAAAUGGUCAGAGUGUUCACUGAAAUAAAAAAUAAUUAUUUUUCCACAUUUUAUAAAAAAAGUUAUUUAGAUUCAUGUUGAUGGGUUUAUGUUUUUUUUUUCACAUCGUAGAUUAGGUUUUUUUUUAGAAGCAGCUAGAUGAUUGUCCAACACUGUUUUUAUAACAGUUUGUGUUCUUUGUUUACAUGGUUUCGUUUAUUAUUACAGAAGUUAAGGUUGUUGAAAAGAAAAAUCUAUCGGCAAGAACUGUACUCCAAAUC